GUCUUACUGCCGCUGUCUAUGUUACAAAAUCUCUCCUGCACAUGAACAAUAAGCCCUUACACCAGAAAACGGCUCUGAAUUACAUUAACGUUCAGGAAAGUACCCUACCACAGAGAUAAGAGAAGAGGAAGCUAAUGUGACAACUACAUCGCCAUGUUUCUUUCUCUUAAAACAUCCAUGCUUCUCUACUGUGAAGAAGUAUAAAUGCGAAAGACAUAGGCGAUUACUCUACAUGUUUUGACAUUUGAUGCCUGCCCAGGACAGCAAAAGUUACCCUGGGGGACCACACGUGGGCAACCAUGUUGGGUCAGAGUGUGCGGUUACAGCCGGUGCCCAUCCAGAGCCUGUCAGAGCUGGAGCGAGCCAGGUUACAGGAAGUCGCCUUGUACCACCUGGAGGAGAGGGACCUGGACUUCAAGAUCAGCAUCCCAAGAGAAACAUACAAACGGAGAAAAUCUCUACGCAGGAAGUUUGACUCCUUUUCAAAGGAAAAGAAAGAGCGAGAAUCGGCCCCCAAGGCAUUCGGCAUCCCCCUUUCCCAGGUCAUCGCCAACGACCGAGCCUACAAGCUGCGACAGGACGCCCUGAAGGAGAGCAGGCGAGACUGUCUGGACCUGGAGGCCAGCGUUCUGCGCUUCAGGGCCGAGAAGAGGCAGUUCUUCAACGGGAACACAGGAGGAGGUCCCGGCUCGCCAUCUACAAACUCGGUAGCACCGGCGCCCAUUUAUGAGACCCACAACAAACCAAUGUCGCCCACGUUUCUGGAUAACUCCGGCCGAGUACAGAGAAGGGGUGGUCUGUCAGUGGACUCCAUCUCGGACCUGGUAGAGAGUCAGUCUCGCCUGCUGGAGGCGCUGCAGCUCUCUCACCCGGCCGAGCUGGAGCUGAAGAAGUCCACGGACGGCAGGGGCUCGUCGGAGGUGAAGACCCAGACCAAGCUCAGCCUCAACCCCAUCUACAGACAGGUGCCGCGGGUGCUGGAGAGGUGCUGCACUCACAUCGAGACCCACGGUCUUCAGACUGUGGGAAUUUUCCGAGUUGGUAGCUCUAAGAAGAGAGUGAGACAGCUGCUGGAGGACUUUGACAGGGGGGUGGACGUCCAGCUGGAUGAGGAGCAAAGCGUCCAUGACGUGGCAGCACUGCUCAAAGAGUUCCUCCGAGAAAUUCCUGAUCCUUUGCUGUCCAGAGAGCUCUACCCCGCCUUCCUGCACGCCAACCUGCUGAGGGGAGCGGACCAGCUUCAGUACCUGCAGCACCUCCUCUACCUGCUGCCUCCCUGUAACUGUGACACCCUGCUGCGACUCCUCAGCAUGAUACACACCGUGCAGAGCUUCGCCCAGGACACCAUCGGGACAAAUCACAAGGAGAUCCCCGGGAAUAAGAUGACGGCUGCGAACCUGGCGGUGAUCUUUGGGCCCAACCUGCUGCAGAGGGAACGAGGCGGAGACGCCAGUCCCCAAGCGAUGGGGAUCGAGGACAGCACGGCGAUCAUCAGCGUCACCCUGCUGCUCAUCCAGAACUACAAGAGGCUCUUCACGGUAUCUGCAGAGCUGCAGCAGGAGGUCCUGAUGAGUCUGCUCCAGACAGACCCGGACAUUAUCGACUAUCUGCUGCGUAGGAAACUCAGUGGCAGCCACCUGACGGCAGAGAGCAGCAGCGAGUCGGGGGGGCGUCGGGAUACUCUGGACUCUGUGGGAGCCUCCAGUGGGAGUUUGUCCCCUCUAGAGCCACCAUCACCGCUUUUCCCGCCCAAAAGCAACGGCAGUGAGGGCAGCCUGACCAGCGAGGUCUUCCUCAACGUGCUCAAACUGAAUCAGAACAGGAAGCGCCAGGAAACCAGAUACGGUGAGGCCCCUUCAGGUAAAUCCAUCCACCACAUGCGCCAGUUCCACUCUCACCACAACCUGCUCAGCCUGGCCCAGCCCUCCUUGUCCUCCACCUCCAGACACCACAGUCAGGACCACGACACCCAGGACCGCAGGGCCCCGCUGGGCUCUGCGCUCAACUUAAACCUGGGCGGCCUCGGUAGCGGCAGCUGCUCCAGUCUGAGCGCAUCGACGGAGAGCAGCAUCUGGGUGAGACAGACGCCGCCCGAGGAGAGCAAACCCUCGCCGGCGUCUAAUUUCUGGGACUUCUUCACCGGGAAAGGGUCGAGCUCAGAGACGAUGGUAUGAUGAAGGGCGAGAAGAGGAAUAUGAAGGAAAAGAGGGCGUUUGUGUGUUUUUUGCUGUCAGAAAUCCCCAGAAAAUUGGUCAAAUUUCCUGUUACAUUAACAACAGACACAACUGUUGAUUUACAACAAUAAAUGAAAUACCCUGCAGCAUUUGAAUGCACGACUCCUUUUUUUAAAAUCCUAAAUUUCCUACUUGAAGAUUCUAGGGAGCAAGUUUUCCUUGUUGGAAGUUCGAAUUUCACACUUUUCUGUCUUUUUCUGGAACGCAGCAUGUGUAUGAAUUGGGACACAGAAGAAGAAGAAGGAAAUGUCAGAUAAAUAUACAAAAGACUUUUUUUUUUUUUUUUAAAGACAUUUUGGAGUUGUGUCGGAAAUUUUUGCAAACUUUUAAGCACAACUCCCUCCUACCGAGACACGGACAUCAGUAAAUGAAGGAAAAGAGACUAAAUAACUCUGUUUGUGAAGAUUAUAUAAAAGUGGAUGCAGUAAUGUAUAUAAUGUAUUCAUUUUACACACACAUACACACACUAGACUACCUAGAACAGCGUAACUAUGUGUUGCUAUAUGGACUCUUAACACUUUAUUUAUACUGACACCAUAUCAGACUCCCUUUGCUUUUCUCGUAACCUGCAAUAAGUUACAUUUACUGUAAAAAUAAUCUACAAUUAAUAUCAGCUGUCAAGAAUUUAAAUCCCUAAUGACAUCUCAGCAAAAAAACAUUAGAGCCAGAAUUUGCUAAACUAAAUAAAAAAAAAACUUGUAUAGAUGUCCAGGUAGGGACAAUCAAUCCUUUUCUGAUUCUUAGGUUACAUAUAAGUUUAUUGUAACAGCAUUUACGCUAUAUCUCAACAUGCAGUUAUGUACUUCACAAUGAAAUGUAGUCAUUGAAAAGCAAUUGAAAUAACAGUCAAACUAGAUGUCUUAAAACCAUUCCGGUUUAGAUCACAUUUAGCUGUUUUAAUCUUCUGACCUACAAAUCACCAUAUCACUGCAGACUGAGGAAGUGCAUCUGUGUGAGUGUAAACUAGGGAUGGAACCAACAAUAAUUUUCAUUGUCAAUUAUUCUAUUGAUUGUUUUUUCAAUUAAUUACUCUAAAAUAUCAGAAAAUGGAUUUUAGAGUCCAUGCUGACCUCUUCAAAGUAUAUGUUUUUAUCAGGCCAAUAUUCCAAAAGCAAAAAUGUAUUCACCUUACACGGAUAUAUAGCAGCAACUCCACUUUGAGGAGCUGGAAUCAAUGAACAUUUGGCAAUUUUGCUUGAUUGAUUAUCAAUAUUUUAUCAACUUAUAUCCAUUUAUUCUCUUUUUGACACCUCAGUGGGAAACAACAGCUACUGUAUAUUAGAAUCCGUGGCUUUCAAUCUCAAUGUUUUUUUUCCCCUUAUUUCUUAUCAAGCUAAUCAUCUUGGGAACCUCUGGUCUAGGUUGUUUCAAAGGUUUUUCAAUGUCUAAAAUUUAAUGUGAAGCAGCUGGAUGUCUAAACAUUUAACUGUUCAACCAAAUGUUGCCCUUAACGUCUAGACAUCUUUUAAAUUAGACCCAUUUGCAAGAAAUGUAAGUCAUUUAAUGUCUGUAUUCAGCAGCACUUUCAUCUUUGAUAAUAUUACAGGAUCAUAUAGGAUAGUUAGCUUCCUUUAUCCACAGGAGGGCGAUAUUCACCACAUGAACUCAACCUUUAAUCCUCUUAAUUGCUUUUCCUAUUAUCCACAGACUCCAAUAAUGUUGGUCAAAUGUAUAUAUUUACUGUAUUAGGUUUGGGGAAUAGUGCCAAACAACUAGAAACUGUAGAUAUGUUUGCCUUUGCCCUCUUUGUAGUAGAAAACCAUUUUUCCGUUGUUUGCACAGAGAUUUUCCUACAUCCUAAUGUUGCAUUGCUUCAUCACAAACACAGAAGUUGUACAGUCUGUCCUUCAUCUCAGCAGGUGAAUGUAUCGUAUUCUUUUUUGGAUUCCUUUAGGAGAAAACAACAUUGUCUUUUUGUCAGUGACUUGUUUUUUCUAUAUUGUUGUAAAAUCCAUCAAGACCUAAAUAAUGUACGUAAUGUACCACUUACCUGCAGAUAAUAAAUGUCAAACUGCC